GCCUUGGCGCGCGCGCUCACGUGCAGGCGGUGGAGCCCCGGGAGCGCGCGGGGGCCUCGCGGGGCGCGCAGACACGUACCGGUGUCGCCGGUCCACCCUGUCUGGCUGCCGAGGGGUAUUGUUACCCUUCGCUUCUGGGGCCAGGCGGGUGGGAACCGAGUUCUUGUGCGCAGGCGUCCCUUGUGUCGUCCCCCCCCUACGCCCGGCUGUCUGUGCGGGGUGGGGCAGGAGCUGGUGCCCUGCAAAUCUCCCUCUGGAGAUGGAGCCUCCUGGGAUGCUGUGGGAACCGGCUCUGGAUUUGCAUCCUAGCGGGAUGAGCCGAGGAGCGGCUGCCCUUCGGGGUGGAGGCGAGUGGAUCUCGUGCCCCUGUCCUGGGUCCCCCUGAACGAUGAGGCUUCGUGCGAGGAGCUGUUGGGUGCGGGGGUAAGAGCCAGCCGUCCCGUCUUCCCCUGGAGGACCAACUGCUUUGCACAUAAACAACAGUAAUAAAGCAGCGGGUUAAGGGCUUUUGCUUCGAAUUGUUUUUGUUUUGUUUCGUUCUGUAAAGUGCCAUUUAAUAAGGUCAGCCGACGUCGGGCUAGCAUCGUGGAGGAUACUGUAGGAGCCAAAUUUAGGUUAUUUGGAGGAAAAUUUUUAGGUCAAAGACUCAGCGAGGUCUUAAUUACUUCAGUAUUGUGCUGAGUCUGGGUACUUUAAAUUGAUAAAACAGACUCAUCACUUUCAGCGAUUGAAAGAAAAAUAUUUCCAAAAUGUGUUCUUGUACUGUUGAGUUGCAGUAAGACCUUACAAACCUUUCGAUUUUUAGAGCUUGAAGAGAACACUGUGCCUUACUCGUUGGUGAUUUGUCUUUGUAUGACAUGUGCUUUACAUGGAUUUUAAGAGUGGACCGGGCACUUCCUUGUUUUACUAGAGGUUUUUGUUUUCAUUUGCCAAAAAGUCUUGUGGUUGGCAAUAAGCUAAAGGCUUGCUGGCUAGGCGACAGGACAGAUGGGCAAAGGAGAGAGUUUUAGAGUAAAGUCUCUAAGCUAAAGGAAGGCCUUCCACUGUUGGAUUUAACACUUCUGGAAAUCUCAGCAAGCUUGGGAAGACAGACAGACAGACCUGGCCGCUCCUGCAGCCUUGGUGACCUGCCAGGACAAUGGAUUUUCCUGGUCACUUUGAGCAGAUCUUUCAGCAGUUGAACUACCAGAGACUUCAUGGCCAGCUCUGUGACUGUGUCAUUGUAGUGGGGAACAGACACUUCAAAGCCCACCGCUCCGUGCUGGCAGCAUGCAGCACGCAUUUCCGAGCUCUGUUCUCAGUGGCAGAGGGAGAUCAAACCAUGAACAUGAUCCAGCUAGAUAGUGAGGUGGUGACAGCAGAGGCCUUUGCUGCACUGAUUGACAUGAUGUAUACCUCCACCCUCAUGCUAGGGGAGAGCAACGUCAUGGAUGUCCUGUUGGCAGCCUCUCACCUGCAUUUGAACUCUGUCGUUAAGGCAUGUAAACAUUAUCUGACGACAAGGACGCUGCCCAUGUCUCCCCCCAGUGAGCGUGUUCAAGAGCAGAGUGCCCGCAUGCAGCGCUCUUUCAUGCUGCAGCAACUGGGACUGAGCAUUGUGAGCUCAGCUCUCAGUUCCAGCCAGAGUGGCGAGGAGCCGCCAGCCCCCAUGAGCUCAUCCAUGCGCAGCAGCCUGGACCAGCGGACACCCUUCCCCAUGAGACGCCUUCACAAACGCAAGCAGUCUGUAGAGGAGCGGGCCCGGCAGCGCCUCCGAUCCUCCAUGGAUGAAUCUGCCAUUUCCGGCGUUACUCCAGAGAGUGGGCCUUCGGGCGUUCAUUCCCGGGAGGAAUUCUUCUCACCAGAUUCUCUGAAAAUUGUGGAUAAUCCUAAACCCGACGGGAUGGCUGACAACCAGGAAGACAGUGCGAUGAUGUUUGAUCGGCCUUUUGGUACUCAAGAAGAUGCCCAGGUGCCCAGCCAGUCAGAUGGCAGUGCAGGCAACAUGGCCUCUCGUGCAGCUCAGGUUGAAACUAGUUUUGAACAAGAAGCUGUGGCUGAGAAAGGCAGUUUCCCGUGUGAAAAUCCUGAGGCUGGCCUUGGGGAGAAGGAGCACAUGAGAGUGGUGGUGAAGUCCGAGCCCCUGAGCUCUCCCGAGCCGCAGGACGAGGUGAGCGACGUGACCUCCCAGGCCGAGGGCAGUGAGUCUGUGGAGGUGGAAGGCGUGGUGGUCAGUGCUGAGAAGAUAGACCUCAGCCCCGAGAGCAGCGACCGGAGCUUUUCAGAUCCCCAGUCCAGCACCGACAGGGUCGGGGACAUCCACAUCUUGGAAGUCACAAGUAAUCUAGAGCAUAAGGCCUCCUUUAGUAUCUCCAAUUUUCUCAGCAAGAGCAGGGGCGGCGACUUCAGCGCAAGGCAGAGCACGGACGACAGCGUCCCAAACACCACUACUGACUGCAGGUUGGAGGCUGAGGCCCCUUACCUGUUGAGUCCAGAGGCUGGGCCAGCAGGUGGGCCUUCCUCUGCUCCUGGCUCCCAUGUGGAGAACCCCUUCAGUGAGCCUGCAGAUUCCCACUUUGUCAGACCUAUGCAGGAGGUGAUGGGCCUGCCAUGUGUGCAGACCUCAGGCUACCAAGGAGAACAGUUUGGGAUGGAUUUUUCCAGGUCUGGCUUGGGUCUCCACUCCUCCUUCUCCAGGGCAAUGAUGGGUUCCCCAAGAGGAGGAGCCAGUAACUUUCCGUACUACCGACGCAUAGCUCCAAAAAUGCCAGUCGUAACUUCUGUUAGGAGCUCACAGAUCCCUGAAAACUCAUCCAGUUCCCAGCUAAUAAUGAACGGAACCACCUCAUUUGAAAAUGGCCACCCUUCCCAGCCUGGCCCUCCGCAGUUGACCAGGGCAUCUGCUGAUGUCUUGUCAAAGUGCAAGAAGGCCUUAUCAGAGCACAAUGUCUUGGUUGUGGAGGGAGCUCGAAAGUAUGCCUGCAAAAUCUGCUGUAAAACCUUCCUGACUCUGACAGACUGCAAGAAACACAUCCGAGUCCACACGGGGGAAAAGCCGUACGCCUGCCUCAAGUGCGGCAAGAGGUUCAGCCAGUCCAGCCAUCUGUACAAACACUCCAAGACCACCUGCCUGCGCUGGCAGAGCAGCAACCUCCCCAGCACUCUGCUCUAACCGCCUCUCCUCGGGAGACGGCACACAGGCCAGUUGUGUACUGGAAAUAUGGUUGCUGUUGGCAGGCAGCUAAUGCCACUGGACUUGAGGUCUCAGCUGUCAGGUGGCUCUCAUGAACCUCAGCCAGCCGUAAGCAGAGAACUGUUAGGUAUAGCUCUUACUCUGCACAUUUCUGAGUGAGGUGUGCACCAGGGAAAGUGAUGUGAUCCUGAAACCAAGUCCCUCCUUAGGGUUGAGGAAUGCAGUCAUAAGGUAGUUUGUCAUUGAUGAGUGUCACAUUUUAAAAACGGAAGGGCAAAAAACAUUCUAACACUAUUUUAAAGCUCUGUGAAGCCUUUCAUUAAUUUCCUACAUCCGCUGAUGGGGGUGUUCCAUCCCUGUGCAGAGCAUACUUAUUUGUAACCAGGUGACUUGGUGCUGUCUGCCAAAUGGCCUUGGAGGACAAGCCUGUAUGCCCCUGAUGCUAAAGUAUAUCCUGGGCUAGUCUGAGGCCUCAAAGUACUGUAUUUUGUAUUUUUAUCUGAGUUGCAGUCACAGACACUGCCCUCUGAUGGUGCUGACACUGGGUCCAGGUAAAUAUGCCCUUGGACCAAUAGGUGUAUAUACUUUUGAAUACAUCUCUAUAGGUGUCUUUAGUAAUUUUUUUCUGGUUUUAAAAACAAAGUUGUAAGUGGAGUAUGUACUUUAGGGAGUGACAGUGAGGUGUUUAUGUAUGUGCCGUGUUAGUGUUUUAACCAGCGUGUAUUUCUGAUGGUGUAUUUGUUUGAAGUCAGUGGGAAGCUGGUGUCUGUCUUUGUUUUGGUGAUACGGAGUCCUGUUCUGUGGGUUCCCAUGGUGCAUUUGCCUUUCACUCCAUUUGGAUGCCCAAGGCUACCCAGCCCGGCUGGCAUGUCCACCCAAGAUCAGCUGCUCUUAGCCUUGCCACUUUUCACUCCCAAGCCCCAUGGAACACACCUCUCCUGGACAUGACCAGUUACUAAGCACAGCAGCGCUGUUGCCAUGGUUUUAUUACUGUCCUGUGCUAGGCUUUCAAAGCCUCCGCUUUCAGUUCUCAGCGUUCAGUUAUUUGAAAUGUAAAUGUAGUAGUGUUCAUGGCUCAGGACUUUCCAAGUCCAGGAAGAGUCAGGCAGCCUAUAGCAUAGAAUUUACCAGAAACACCCAAGGCUCUUGGAGAGGCAUUCCAUGGAGGGCCUCUCUGUCUUCUACCUUGCUGUCCACUGACACCAUGCUGUCAGGGCUGCUACGCCCUGAUAUGUACCCAGAACAACACAGGUUCGUGCAUCUCUGUAAGCUCACACUUAACAAGAAUCCUUUUUUGUUGUUGUUGCUUUAAUAUACACCUUUUUUUUUCAGAGAUACCAAAUUAUUGUGCACAAUUCAUUAAGUUUAGAAAGCCACACAUUUCUCAAUAUUCUAAAACAGACAUGACUGUGUUUUCUCUUAAGCUGGUGUGACCACAAAUCUGAGGCUAGACCUGCCAUGUUCUGAGAGGGCAUAGCAUCUGAACAGAUUCCCAGGGAGGAAAGGCCACAUGGAAACCCGGGAAAGAGACGGUUGGAAGCAGUGGGACCACCUGAGAAGCUGCUGCGCGGCUUACUGCCAGGAGAGCUGAGGAGGCACGAUGGGGUAGGUCCCCGCCUUCGUGGUGUAGGGACCAGUGGGAGUCAGGCAGGCCAGCAGGGAGGGCCAGAUGCCGUGCUGGGGGAGGAGCCAGGCUCACAGGCAGAGCGGCAGUUCUUCCUUCCUGUCUUAAGGAUGUGUGUGCUUCGAGUCUGCCCCUCACCUCAGCUCGGAUACAAGUGGACUUUGCUCCGGGGCCUGUUCCCGGCACUCGAUGGAGCCUGCCUCUCCACUGCUGGACGGACCUGGAGUCUCAUCUACCUCGUAGUCAGUCUCUACGUGUGGGAAGCAAGCUUGAGGCCAGCGUCCUCCGACAUGCUGUAGCUCUUAAAGAUUUCCAAGGGUCCCUGGGAAACCAGGCCCAGGGUUGCUGUGACCUGGAGUUUCACUGGGAUUCUAGCUGGUACUAGGGGCCUGACUUUUGAUUUUUAGCCUUAAUUAUAGCCCGGCAUAAUCAUGUACAAUCUUCUGGAGAUGGCAUCAAGUGUAGAGGCACCCUGUCGGUGCUAAUGCUAGUCAAAACAGAUUUUAAGAUUAAAAUUUGUCAAAUUCA